AGCCCUCAGCCGCGCGCUUUCCGGUGCAGAGCCGAGUGAUGCGGGAGCCGGAGAGUCCGGAGGGAACGCCGGAGCUGGCCCGCCGCUGGGGGCAGAAGCGCCGGGGCCUGCUGGAGGCGGCGCUGCUGCUGCUGCUGCUGCUGGCGGCGGGCGCGCUGCUGGGCCUGGGCCUCCGGCUCGCGCGCGGCAGAGCUGUCAAAGACCUGAAGAGCGAUGUGGGAGAAAUCUGCACCACCCGGGGCUGUGUGCUGGCAGCGGCCAGAAUCCUCCAGAACAUGGACCAGACCCAGGAACCGUGUGACGAUUUCUACCAGUACGCCUGUGGGGGCUGGCUGAGGCACCACGUGAUCCCCGAGACAAACUCCCGCUACAGCGUGUUCGACAUUCUACGGGACAAGCUGGAAGUCAUCCUCAAAGGGGUGCUGGAGAACUCCACGACCGAGGACAGGCCAGCCAUUCAGAAGGCCAAGACGCUGUACCGCUCCUGCAUGAACGAGAGCUUGAUAGAGCAGCGAGACUCGCAGCCACUGCUGGACGUCAUCCAAGAGGUGGGCGACUGGCCGGUGGCCACGGACAAGUGGAACGAAUCCGUAGAGCCCACCUGGGGGCUGGAGCAGCAGCUGGCGGUGCUGAACUCGCGGUUCAACCGGCGCGUCCUCAUCGACCUCUUCAUCUGGAAUGACGACCAGAACUCCAGCCGCCACAUCAUCUACAUAGACCAGCCUGCCCUGGGCAUGCCCACCCGAGAGUACUACUUCAGCGAUGGCAUCAACCAGAAGGUGCGGGACGCUUACCUGCAGUUCAUGAUGUCGGUGGCCGCGAUGCUGCGUGCGGACAGGAAGCUGCCUGAGGACAGCCGCCUGGUGGAGAGGGACAUGGUGCAGGUGCUGAUGCUGGAGACACAGCUGGCCAAUGCCACUGUCCCCCAGGAGGAGAGACAUGAUGUCACCACCCUGUACCACCGCAUGGACCUGGAGCAGCUGCAGGACAGGUUCAACCUGAAGGGGUUCAACUGGACGCUCUUCAUAAGGAUGGUGCUGUCCUCUGCCAAUAUCCCGCUGCUGCCCGACGAGCAGGUGGUGGUGUAUGGAGUGCCCUACCUGCAGAGCCUGGAGGACAUCAUCGACACCUUCUCAGCCAGGACCCUGCAGAACUACCUGGUCUGGCGCCUGAUUCUCGACCGUAUCAGCAGCCUGAGCCAAAGGUUCAGGGAUGCCCGUGCCAACUACCGCAAGACACUGUACGGCACCACCGUGGAGGAGGUGCGUUGGCGGGAGUGCGUCAGCUACGUCAACAGCAACAUGGAGAGCGCCGUGGGUUCCCUCUACGUCCAGCAGGCCUUUCCAGAAGAGAGCAAAAGAGCGGUGCACGAGCUCAUUGACAAGGUGCGGGCAGUGUUCGUGGAGACUCUGGACGAGCUGGGCUGGAUGGACGAGGAGUCCAAGGACAAAGCCCGCGAAAAGGCCAUCAACAUCGGGGAGCAGAUCGGCUAUCCCGAGUACAUUCUGGACAAGUCCAACAAGCACCUGGAUGAGGAGUAUUCCAAUCUGAACUUCUCUGAGGAGCUGUACUUUGAAAACGGGCUACAGAACCUCCAGGCCAGUGCCCAGAGGAGCCUGAAGAAGCUUCGGGAGAAGGUGGACCAGAAUGUCUGGAUCAUCGGGGCCGCCGUGGUCAACGCCUUCUACUCCCCAAACCGGAACCAGAUUGUGUUCCCCGCCGGCAUCCUCCAGCCCCCCUUCUUCAGCAAGGAGCAGCCACAGGCCCUGAACUUCGGGGGCAUUGGGAUGGUGAUCGGGCACGAGAUCACCCACGGCUUUGACGACAACGGCCGCAACUUCGACAAGGACGGAAACAUGCUGGACUGGUGGAGCGACUUCUCGGCCCGCCACUUCCGCAAGCAGUCGGAGUGCAUGGUGCACCAGUACGGGAACUUCUCCUGGGACCUGGCCGAGCAGCAGAGCGUGAACGGGCUCAGCACGCUCGGGGAGAACAUCGCCGACAAUGGAGGGGUGCGGCAGGCCUACAAGGCGUAUCUCAAGUGGAUUUCCGAGGGCGGCAAAGACCAGCAACUGCCUGGGCUGGCACUCACCUACGACCAGCUGUUCUUCAUCAACUACGCCCAGGUGUGGUGCGGCUCCUACCGGCCCGAGUUUGCCAUCCAGUCCAUCAAGACUGACGUGCACAGCCCCCUGAAGUACCGGGUGCUGGGCUCACUGCAGAACCUGGCCGCCUUCUCCGAAGCCUUCCAGUGCGCCCAGGGCACCCCCAUGCACCCGGAGGACCGCUGCCGUGUCUGGUAGUCAAGGCCACGCGCAUCGGCCCCCACUGCACCCCACCAUGGACCAGGUGGCCAGCCUGCUCGGCGCCCCUGACCGCCACGGACCCCCGCGCCCUGGAGCGGACGGGGGCGUCUGCCCGGCCGCGCAGCCCGGACGUGCCUCCCGCCCCUCUGCGCAAACGCUCAGCGCCCAGAGCUUCCACUGAGUCAAGUAAAACUUUCAAACAGUC